AUGGUGGAGGUGAGGAGGAUCUGUUGUAUUGGGGCUGGCUACGUGGGAGGUCCCACCUGCAGCGUGAUCGCCCAGAUGUGCCCCGAGGUGACGGUUACCGUGGUGGACGUGAACGAGGACCGCAUCCGUGCCUGGAAUUCUGAUAGCCUUCCCAUCUUUGAGGUGAGUGUGAAACGAUAUUAGUACAAGAAACAUCAUAGAUCUCAACUGGAAGAAAUUAUAUAAAACACAAUUACACAUUCACGUCCAGGUUUCUCACAGAACUGUCCUAACUUGGUCUUUCCAUUAUUAAUAGCUACUAGUGUUGCCAAGUAACGUCAUUCAUUUUGGCCACUUGACUUUUGAGCUCUGAUUACACUUUUGACACUUGUGCUCUAACAACAUCUCCUUUCUUUCUAGCCUGGACUCCAGGAAGUGGUGGACUCAUGCCGCGGGGUCAACCUUUUCUUCUCCACAGACAUUGAUGAGGCCAUAAAAAAUGCAGACCUGGUUUUCAUAUCUGUAAAUACGUUUUUUUCAACACUUUCCCUUCUUAUAAUGUCAAUGGCUUUCACACGAUUUCCUUGAAAGUAUUGUUAAGACGAAUGGAACUCAGUUUGGCUUUCUUUAAAGGUAAGAUACAGUGAUAGAGAAAGAUCCAUGAUUGAAUCCACCUGAAACAUCUCCCCCUUCCUUUGCCAGGUCAAUACGCCUACCAAGACAUUUGGAAUUGGUAAGGGUCGAGCAGCGGACCUGAAGUACAUAGAAGCAUGUGCCCGGCGCAUUGCUGAUGUGUCCAUCGGGUGUAAGAUUGUUGUAGAGAAAAGCACAGUUCCUGUUCGUGCUGCUGAGAGCAUCCGCCGCAUCUUCAAUGCCAACACCAAGAGUAGCUUCAACUUUCAGGUGAUUGCAGGGGACAGUGUUGCAUGGGUGGACGGACUGUGUAUCAAACGUCUACAUUCAUCGGUCUGCCAUGUCAUCAGGUCUUAUAAGUAUGUUCUUGUUCUUCUGCAGGUUCUCUCAAACCCAGAGUUUCUUGCUGAGGGAACAGCCAUCACUGAUCUGAAGAAUCCAGACAGGGUAUUGAUUGGAGGGGAUGAGACCCCUGAGGGCCAACAUGCUAUUGAGGCCCUGCGGAGCAUCUAUGAGCACUGGGUCCCCAAGAGCAAGAUUAUCACCACCAACACCUGGUCCUCUGAGCUCUCCAAGCUGGUAUUAAUACCCCUUUUAUGUCCUUCUGUUAUAUCAGUACAAUCUCAGGUCAGCAGCAUUACGAUCUCAGACACCUCCUGUGAUGUUUCCUGCCUUUAUUCAUUUGCUCACUUCUAUCCUUGUUUUUUCCUUUUCCAUGUUUACAGGCAGCCAAUGCCUUUCUGGCCCAACGUAUCAGUAGCAUCAACUCCAUCAGUGCCCUGUGUGAGGUAACUGGUGCUGAUGUAGAGGAGGUGGCGCAUGCCAUCGGGACAGACCAGAGAAUAGGCAGUCGCUUCCUGAAGGCCAGCGUGGGUGAGUGAGAGGGAAGAAAAGCUGGAGUGGUUGACUUGUGGGGCAGUAAUAGUUGAUGGUUGGAUGAGAUGAUUGGAUGACUAAGUGAUUGGGUUUCAGUUAUGAACUAGUGGGGAUUUGAGUGGGUGAGUUCAGUCAUGAUACAUUCAGUGUUUGUUUCACAGGAUUUGGUGGCAGCUGUUUCCAGAAGGAUGUCCUCAAUCUUGUGUACCUAUGCGAGGCUCUAAACCUACCAGAGGUUGCAAGAUACUGGCAACAGGUGUGCUUUUUUCAUCAACUCAAAGUAGUACAAUACAGAACUUACUUCUCAUUUGAUAAGAAAUUCCUGUAAUUGUCUCACGCAACACUUUGUUUUAUUGUCAGUAAAAUAUCACAAUGGCAAAAAUGUGGAACAUCUAAAUGUUGUCUCUCCCAGGUUAUAGAGAUAAACGACUACCAGCGAAAACGAUUCUCUUCGCAGAUAAUCAGCUGCCUCUUCAACACAGUGACGGACAAGAAGAUAGCCUUGCUAGGAUUCGCUUUCAAGAAAAACACAGGCGAUACAAGGUAUGGAGGGGCAUUUUAAAUAUUUAUCUUCUUACAUCCAAAGCUCUCAGAGCACAUUUUUCUGCUUCCGCCUCCAAGGCUAUCCUUGUGUGUAUUUUGUUUUCAGGGAAUCCUCUAGUAUCUACAUCAGUCGCUACCUACUGGAGGAGGGGGCCUGUCUACACAUCUAUGACCCCAAGGUUAAAGCGCUGCAGAUCAUGCACGACCUAACUCAGCCCACACUCUCAGAAAGACAUGACCCCGCCACAGGUAGCCACAGUAUUUUGUGUUCUUUGUGUAAAUUAAUAGUAUAGUAAAUCAACAGAUUCUAACAGGGUGAUUCCAUGACAGCAUGGCCCCGAAAAUAUUUUUGGCAUCUCAGAUUGUUCUGGCAAUUCUCACAUAGAAACUUCAUUAGGAGGAAGGAUGUUUGAUAUGCCUUUUACAUUUGGAACACAAACCAUCUUUUUGAAAAUCACGAUAAAGUGGCAAUUUUAGGCCCUUUUUAGAUCUACCUUCAGAAAGUAUUCAUACCCCUUGACCUAUUCCACAUUUUGUUGUGUUACAGCCUGAAUUCAAAAUUGAUUAAAUAUAUAUUUGUUUCUCACCCAGCUACACACAAUACCUCAAUGACAAAGUGAAAACAUGUUUUUAGACAUUUUUGCAAAUUUAUUGAAUAUGAAAUAUCUAAUUUACAUAAAGUAUUCACACCCCUGAGUCAAUACUUUGUAGAAGCACCUUUGGCGGCGUUUACACCGAUGAGUCUUUUUGGGUUAGACUAAGAGCUUUGCACACCUGGAUUGUACAAUAUUUGCCCAUCAUUCUUAAAAAAAUUCUUCAAGCGCUGUCAAGUUGAUUGUUGAUCGUCGCUAGACAGCGAUUUUCAAGUCGUGCCAUAGAUUUUCAAGCCGAUUUAAGUAAAAACUGUAACUAGGCAACUCAGGAACAUUUAAUGUUGUCUUGGUAAGCAACUCCAGUGUAGAUUUUGCCUUGUGUUUUAGGUUAUUGUCCUGCUGAAAGCUGAAUUAGUCUCCCAGUGUUUGUUGGAAAGCAGACUGAACCAGGUUUUCUGCUUGAAUUUCGCCUGUGCUUAGCUCUAUUCUAUUUCUUUUUAUCAUAAAACACUCCCUAGUCCUUGCCGAUGACAAGCAUACCCAUAUCACGAUGCAGCCACCACCAUGCUUGAAAAUAUGAAGAGUGGUACUCAGUGAUGUGUUGGAUUUGCCCCAAACAUAACGCUUUGUAUUCAGGACAAAAAGUGAAUUGCUUUGCCACAUUUUCUGCAGUAUUACUUUAGUGCCUUGUUGCAAACAGGAUGCAUGUUUUGGAAAAAAAGGUUUAUUCUGUACAGGCUUCCUUCUUUUCACUCUGUCAUUUAGCUUAGUAUUUUAGUAUUGUGGAGUAACUACAAUAUUGUUGAUCCAUCCUCAGUUCUCAUAUCACAUCAAUUAAAAUCUGUUUUAAAAUCACCAUUGGCCUCAUGGUGAAAUUCCUGAGCAAUUUCCUUCCUCUCCGGCAACUGAGUUAGGAAGGACGCCUGUGUAUCUUUGUAGUGACUGGGUGUAUUGAUACACCAGCCAAAGCCUAAAUAAUAACUUCACCAUGGGAUAUUCAGCGUCUGCUUUUUUACAUCUACCAAAUCGGUGCCCUUCUUUGCGAGGCAUUGAAAAACAUCCCUGGUCUUUGUGGUUGAAUCUGUGCUUGAAAUUCACUACUCGAUUGAGGGACCUUACAGACAAUUGUAUGGGGUACAGAGAUGAGAUAGUCAUUCCAAAAUCAUGUUAAACAAUAUUAUUGAACACGGAAUGAGACCAUGCAACUUAGUAUGCACAUUUUUGCCAUAACAAAGGGGUUGAAUACUUAUUGACUGAAUACAUUUUUUAUCAAUGUAAAAACAUUUCUACAAACAAAAAUUCCACUUUGACAUUAUGGGAUAUUGUGUGUAGAUAAGUGACACAAAAUCUCAAUUGAAUCAAUUUUAAAUUCAGGCUGUAACACAACAAAAUGUGGAAAAGGUUAAGUGUUGUGAAGGCACUGUAUACAUUCCCUGUGUAAGACCCAAUGAUCUGUGAAUGAUACAGAUAACACUUUGGUGUCGUUAUACUCCUACUAGUGUGCUCUAAAAGUAUUGGUACAUUCUGAAAUAUAAUUUUACACAUGAAUUUCAACAUUAAAACCAUUAAUAUACACUACCGGUCACAAGUUUUAGAACACCUACUCAUUCAAGGGUUCAAAACUAUGAAAUAACACAUAUGGAAUCAUGUAGUAACCAAAAAUGUGUUAAACAAAUCAAAGUGUGCAAAGCUGUCAUCAAGACAAAGGGUGGCUAUUUGAAGAAUCUCAAAUAUAAAAUAUAUUUUGAUUUGUUUAACACUUUUUUGGUUACAUGAUUCCAUAUGUGUUAUUUCAUAGUUUUGAUGUCUUCACUAUUAUUGUACAAUGUAUAAAAUUGUAAAAAUAAAAGAAAAACCCUUGAAUGAGUAGUUCUACAACUUUUGAACAGUAGUGUAAAUAUCUAAAGAAAAGUCAUUUUUUUGUAAAUUUUUGGACAUUGUUUGAAACAAUAUACUCUAAAAGUAUAAGACAAUUCCAGAUUGGGCUCUCUGCUACUUUUAAAGUUAUGAUCAAUUUUAUGAGCACCACCAACACAAUGAAUGGGGAAAUUGAUUAAAUGGGAACUCCCUCUAUUGGUGAUUUGCUGAAUGUGCCAUCCUACAGGAGGGCCGUAAUUGGUUAAUGACCUAUCAUGUCAAUGUAUAAUGUAUAAAAUUGAUCAUUUCUUUAAAAAGUAGCUGAGCGCCCACUCUGGAAAUGUGAUGUGUUUGAAGAAUAUAUUGUUCCAACUUCCAAACAAUAUGUCUAAAAAAUAAGCAAAAUCAAAAAGGGUACUUUUGAGAUAUUAAUAAUAAUAUUUUUUUAUGUUGAAUAAAUGUGACUUUUAUUUUUAGAGCACACUAUAGGGAGCAUAAUGACACCAAGAUGUUGCCUGUACCAUGUACAGUUCACGGAUCAUAGGGUCUCACAGGAGGCAAGUAGCGGCAGGUAGCUUAGUGGUUAAGAGCGUUGUGCCAGUAACCGAAAGGUCGCUGGUUCUAAUCCCCUAGCCGACUAGGUGAAAAAUCUGUCGAUGUGCCCUUGAGCAAGGCACUUAACCCUAAUUGCUCCUGUAAGUCGCUCUGGAUAAGAGCGUCUGCUAAAUGACAUAAAGUAAAUAAGUAUAGGCCUAAAAUGGCCACUUUCAUUGUGAUUUUCUCAAAAAUGGUUCCUGAUACAAAUGUAAAAAGCAUGUUAAACAUCCUUCUUCCCAAUUACAUUUUUAUGUCCCCCUGAGACUUGACAGAACAAUCUGUGAUACCCAACAACAACAAAAUCAUCUUAUGCUGGCGUGGGCAUUUCUCCUUUGCCAAGAUAAUCCAUCCACCUGACAGGUGAUCAUUACACAGGUGCACCUUGUGCUGUGGACAAUAAAAGGCCACUCUAAAAUUUGCACAGAUGUCUCAAGUUUUGAGGGAGCGUGCAAUUGGCACGAUGACUGUAGGAAUUUCCAUCAGCGCUGUUGCCAGAGAAUUGAAUGUUAAUUUCUCUACCAUAAGCCGCCUCCAACGUCGUUUUAGAGAACUUGGCAGUACAUCCAACCGGCCUCACAACCGCAGACCACGUGUAACCACGCCAGCCCAGGACAUCCAUAUCUGGCUUUUUCACCUGCGGGAUCGUCUGAGACCAGCCACCCGGACAGCGGAUUAAACUGAGGAGUAUUUCUGUCUGUAAUAAAGCCCUUUUGUGGGGAAAAAAUCUAAUUGGCUUGGCCUGGCUCCCCAGUGGGUGGGCCUGGCUCCCAAGUGGGUGGGCCUAUGCCCUCCCAGGCCCACCCAUGGCUGCACCCCUGCCCAGUCAUGUGAAAUCCAUAGAUUAGGGCCUAAUGAAUUUAUUUAAAUUUACUGAUUUCCUUAUAUGAACUGUAACUCAGUAAAAUUGUUGCAUGUUGCGUUUAUAUUUUUGGUCAGUAUAAGUUCAUUGAAUACAUGUUGAUAUUUCAAUGGGUGUACUGUUCUCUCCGCAUUAGGUUUUGGUUGCCAUACAUAACUGGGGAUACUUUUUUGUUCAUUCUAAUGAGAUGGGAUGAAUGUUUGUCACAAACAGUUGAUUUAUAUUUAUUUGCAUGAAGUAACCUUGGUUUAUAUUCUUUCGUCCUAGUUUCUCGUCUAAUCACCAUCGUCACUGACCCAUACAAGGCUUGUGAGAACGCCCAUGCAAUUGUCAUCUGCACAGAGUGGGAUAUGUUCACGGUGUGUUUUUUAUUUUUGAAGCUACUCACUCAUCAAUUACUGACAUCAAAUGGCAAGGAGAUGACUCUGACAAUUACAUACAUAGUUGCAUUGGACUGUACAUGGAUGAAAGGGAGCUCUCAAUGUAAACCAUAGAGUCCAUAUUUGUACUGCAGGAGCUGGACUAUGAGAAGAUCUAUAAAGCCAUGCUGAAACCUGCCUUCAUCUUUGACGGUAGAAGGAUCUUGGAUAGCUUGCACGACCAACUCCAGCAUAUCGGCUUCCAGGCAAGUAACCACAACCACAGUAAGACAGUAAACAUGGCUUUAAUAUGAAAACACCGUAGGCACAAACAAAGAAGUCAUCUUUGCUUUUGGAAGGCUGCACUGACAAAAAGCCAAAAGAUCCAUUUGCAGCAGCUCUUCUAAUUAGUAUUGGAGAAAUGUUGAAUAAUAGAGACAGUCCAGUAGUUUCCGAAGUAACUGUUUGUCUUUUUCCAGGUGGAGACUAUUGGGAAAAGAGUUAACCAGAGGAUCCACUUCACUGCCAGUGGCGACAAGUCAAAAAUAGACCAACAGCAACCAUUGAAGAAGAUCAAACUAUGA